AAAUUAAGAAGUCGCACACUACUCAUACCUAUAGAUGUGACUUCUUUUUGUCUGGACCAUUUUUAUUGACAGAAACAAAUGCCUGUGGGUAACGAGCAGCGUAACAGUAAUCUGGUAAUGGCCUAAAUCCAAAAAUUCAGGACAUGUCUAAGGAAACAGUGAAAUAAAAUGGUGACAAGAUGACACAACCAACACAAGACAUAGCUCAAAGAGAUAUCACGGAGGAGACCACAGACAAAGAAUACAAGAAGUUCCAUACAUUUGACUUCCACAGCAAUGUAAAAUUCCAGGCCGGUUGGAGUAAAAUUGUAACUGCAAUUUCUGAUGAAAAAAGAGAGGCUGACUAUCUGAAAGCAAAACUUUUCUUUUAUUCAAAGUUAUAUGGAAAGGUUACAAGAGAGGGAUAUGAACAAUGGCUGAAGGACCAUCCCAACAUUACACAGGAAGGUGAUUCACUAUUAGAUUUAAAGAUUGAAGAUUUUGUGAAAAUUGACAUCAAGUCUACAAAAACUGACACACAAUCAAAUAUGCUUGUUUGCAAUGAUGUUGACUCCUCCAAAAAGAUGGAUGGUUGUCAAAGUGAAAAUAGAUUAACUUCAGAAUUGAAAAAGGGAGAUAACUUAGAUUCGACUCAAAUGUCUGAAUUAGGUUUUAGUAAAAUUGCAGAAAUGCUGGAAAAGGGACUGAAAUUGCCGGGAGUUGAAGAGCUGAACAUCAAACCAUUAGAUAUAGAUCCAAAUCCGCCAGAAAUGGAGAGAAUGAAAAAACCGUGGGAGAAAUGAAUUGUAUGAACAAGUGUACAGUAUACAUUAUAAUCAGGGUUAUCAUUGUUUACGUUUAUACUGAAAUGAAUUACUAUAAAAGGAAAGGUGCUUGUAUUCACCCCCACCCUCACCCCCACCAUCCCAACCCCCAUACCACCCUCAAACCAUCCUCACCCUCAAACAAUCCUCACCCUCAAACCAUCCUCACAAUCAAACCAUCCUCACCCUCAAACAAUCCUCACCCUCAAACGAUCCUCACCCUCAAACGAUCCUCACCCUCCCAUUACCUUACCAGUAACUUAUAGUAGAAGCGAAAGGAUUUGUAUAGCUAGAUCCUGAGGUGCAAUGCAGACAUUUCUACUGGGCCCGUAUUCAUGAAACCAUUCUCAUGCUCCAGCAUGGAUUUUGUGCUCAACCCGAAUUAUUUGUUCCGGUUAUAAACUAAUAAGAAAAUCUGAUUUUGUCAAUGAUUUAGGACAACUUUAAAGAGACAUAAGGCAGUAAACUGUUUUCAAUGUUUACAUUUGAUGUUUUGAUCGUUUGAUAUGAUUUAAGCGAGUAACAAGAAAGUUGGUUUGAGCACAGAAUCCAUGCUUGAGCACGAGAACGGUUUCAUGAAUACGGGCCCUGAUACAAUAGACACAUUGUCUUUACGGAUCACCUUUGUCACUGCCCUGUAAUUUAUUAUGUUGGAACAUUUACUUCCAGUCUGGCUAUAGCUUUUAUUAAUCAUUUUUAAAACAAAAAUAUGAUGACUAUUCAAAAAAAGAUAAAAAGAUGAAUUAAACAAAAAAUAAUCAACAACUGUGUAUGAAAAUACGACUGGGCCGGACCAGGAUUCAAACCCUGGACCUCUAUUCAGUAAACUGUGGCUCAAACCAAACCCUGGACCUCUAUUCAGUAAACUGUGGCUCUAACCAAACCUUGGACCUCUAUUUAAUAAACUGUGGCUCUAACCAAACCCUGGACCUCUAUUCAGUAAACUGUGGCUCUUACCAAACCCUGGACCUCUAUUCAGUAAACUGUGGCAGUAACCAAACCCUGGACCUCUAUUCAAUAGACUGUGGCUCUAACCAAACCCUGGACCUCCAUUCAGUAAACUGUGGCUCUAACCAAACCCUGGACCUCUAUUCAGUAAACCGUGGCUCUAACCAAACCCUGGACCUCCAUUCAAUAAACUGUGGCUCUAACCAAACCCUGGACCUCCAUUCAGUAAACUGUGGCUCUAACCAAACCCUGGACCUCUACAGUAAACCGUGGCUCUAACCAAACCCUGGACCUCCAUUCAGUAAAAUGUGGCUCUAACCAAACCCUGGACCUCUAUUCAGUAAACCGUGGCUCUAACCAAACCCUGGACCUCCAUUCAAUAAACCGUGGCUCUAACCAAACCCUGGACCUCUGUUCAGUAAACCGUGGCUCUAACCAAACCCUGGACCUCCAUUCAGUAAAGUGUGGCUCUAACCAAACCCUGGACCUCUAUUCAGUAAACUGUGGCUCUAACCAACUGAGAUACCAUGUCAAUGAUAGUACCCUGUGUCAGUCACACAACCGUUAUAUGUCAAAAAUUAAAUUAAGGGGAGAUUACUGGUUGUACUGAAAAUUUCAGUGGAAUUCUCUAGCUUUGCAAUGGACAGGAAUCCUAAAGUGUUUUUUGUCAGUUAAAAAUGCAAAUUGGAAAGAUAGAAGUUUCAAUAUUAUUUUCUGGUUUUUUUUGCUACAAUAGUUUCAUUUUUUUGGGGAUAUUAACAAGGAGGAAAUGAAAU